AUGCUUUCACUCAAAUUGAUGAUAUCCUCUGGAUAACAGAAGACGAAAAUGGCUUACCAGCUUUCUUUUCUUUCCCCCCUUUAGUUUAUUGUGAAUAUCAAGUCCAACUCUUCAGGAACAUGACAAGGAGGCUGAGCGCUUUUCAUUUCAAAUCGUGAUCAUGGCAAGGCUUGGAUUUUGUAAUAACUGGGUCAUCAGUGACAGCCAUGCAUCACUUUGUUCUAUACUUCAGUUGACAGUGUUCAUCAUGAAUCUUGCCUCUUUUUGCUAAGAUUGGCAUCUGGAAAAAAAAAAAACAAAAGUUUGUAGCUAAUGUUUAGUGUGAAGAAGGUUGGGUCGCACCAGUGCUGGAAUUAUUUGGAUUUGUAUUAUAAUGAACUGACUUAUUGCCCCCCCAAAAAACAAAAAAAACAUCCCACUGGCUCAAUUUCUUCCAAUAGGAUGAGUUACAAUUAAAGUGAACCAUUUCAUGAGCUUACCAGCAAAUGUAUAAAUUGCUUUUGUGCACUAACGUCUCAUUUUGCUUUCUUUUCAGCCUUAAUACUCCCCCCGGAACAAAAAUUAAGCUCCUGGGUACAGUUCUGGUUAGGAAUGGGUUUUUGCUCCUUGAUGACUCAAACAUUUCUAUUCUUGGUGGAGAAGUCGAACACAUGGUGGAGAAAUGGGAACUGCAACGUAGUCUGGCUAAACACAGCAGAAACAACGUGGGAGCAGAAGGUGGGCCGCCUCCUUUUUUGGCAUUUGGCCAGAAGAACGCAAAGAAGGAUGAAAUAGACAGUGAAGCGCUUGACAAGAGAAAAACCCUUCAGACCGUCGUCAAAAUUGCUGAUGAGAAUGACGAGUUUGCAAAACAGCGGACGGCGGUCAUUGCUGAGGUGGCCAAAGGCAAAGAGGCUCCCCGUACAUUUGGUGGAGGAGGAAACGCAGGGAACAAUUUAUCCGCCACGACUUCACGGAACCGUGACAAGCACAGGCGGGAAGACAGGGUUGAUAGACAUGACAACAGACAAGAGGGAACCUAUCGAGAGCUGGUGGAUGAGCGUGCCCUCAGGGACAUCCUAGAUAUGGGUUUUAACAAGGAGGCAGCCCGGCAGGCCUUAAUGGAUAACAACAACAAUCUUGAGGUGGCGCUCAACUGUCUUCUCACGGGACCUUCGAAUAGCAGAUCCAACUCUGCGGUCGCUGACAAGCCUCAGCCUAGAGGUUUGUAAUUGACAGGCAUGACCUGAAAUAUAUGGGAU